UCGAACAAGUUAUUUUAAGCUCGCUAUCGCCAAUGCUGCCAAAGCAAGGUUUGUCGAUUUUUCAAAUUUCCCUUAGACGAAAUACGAAAAGUCCGCCGAACGCGAUUAUCCCCGACGCGAUAAGCUCUCGCUUCUGUAAUUUUACCGGAAGAAGCUCGUCUCGCGCGCCCCGAUUUCCGACGGAAUUUCAAACGCGUCCCCGUCGAACCUUAUGACAUAUUUUCCAACUAAGUUGGCAAGUGUAUCCUGUGCGCUUCGUCGAAUUCGUCGGAUGUGCCGUUGAUCGUUCGUGCGACAGUGGAACGUACAUAAAGGCGGCGAGGAAUCGGAAGAAAUGGAAAAGCCUAUAGUGCGUGCAAGGGUGGUAAAGGUCCUCGGCAGAACUGGUUCCCAAGGGCAAUGCACCCAGGUCAAGGUGGAGUUUUUGAAUGAACAGAACAGACAGCUAAUUCGAAACGUGAAGGGUCCUGUACGGGAAGGGGACAUUCUGACCCUGCUGGAGUCGGAAAGGGAGGCCAGACGGCUUCGCUAAAUUCUACGAGGGGUGCCCAUUGUGUUAAUCCAUCGAAGGGCAGUUCGAAAUCCUCCAGGUGUUACGAGUAACAAUGACGAUACCUAUCCUGAAAUUAAGAGCAGAUUCCCAAUUUUUAUAUGUUCUUAUUUUGUAAUAAAAUUCAGACGCGUGCACGCCGUGGUCAUUGGACAGUGGCAACGGUGCACGUUGCAAAAUGGAUAUAAUUUAAGAAUAUAGAAUAAAUAAAUACUUGACCUGUG